UCACACUUUUAUCGAAGUCAGUAUUCGCCGGUUCUCUGUCGGCCCGCGGUAUUCGAAACUUCGCGCGUGGUUUCCUUCAUUUUUUAAUACGAAAAAUAUAUGGAAUUAUAUCUAGAUUAAGACGAAAACGAGUGCAUCAAUCCAAGAUGAGAAUUUUUUCAUAAUUAUGCGUACGCGAAUUAUUUCUAGACCUUUUAGUACUUCGUCUGAAAAUCUAAUUAAUCGAAACGGAUAAUUAAUUUGUAUAAUUUUGAAUUCAACAUUUCGCGAAUAACCAUAUUUUUAUCUCGUUGCACUAGCUCGAUUAAGUACAAUUUUCCAAAUUAACCGUCGUGAUAAUUAUAACGACGAAAUUGCUUUAUAAUUGACGAGUAAAUUUUUUUUAUAACUACACUGUCCAUUGCGAGGAUAAAUUUUCAAAAGACACGCCCUCCAAGUUUAAGUUUACAAAUAUUUUUAAAAGUUUUUUUUCUUGCUUUUUUGCAAUAUGUUAACGCCUUUGACGUGUUCGCCAUCGAUAGUACUCUCUUCUUUGGGGUGAGUACAAAUCUUUGUCAUAAGAGUAAAAUACCUCGAUGGUGAAGCAAAAUAAGACAAGAAGGCACUCCGAUACAUAUGAAAGAUCCAUUUUCAAAUCUCAGCUUUAAGUGCUCUUAUAUAAGCAAAGAAAAUGAACUAGAGGAUCGUACGAAGUAUACAACUGGGUUUGGCGGUUCUUUGAGAUAUUUAUUAGAAAUCACCGGCAGAGUCACUGCAGUCGACUGUGUUUAUCAACCGUCCAAUAAUGAUGAAUCGUUUUCUACUUUUUUCUUUUACCGCCCUUCGGCUGGUUUCCGUUCUUGGAGAGCUUUCCGUUUGUUUAAUUUAAAUCGUCGUUUUUGGUUACGUUUUUCGUCGGUUUUCUUCGCAACACGCGGGCCGAGUUAUUCCGCUAAGGAAUACUAAACACACAUCACAAAAAAAAUAAAAAAUAAAAUAAAAUGAAUACAUUCGUUCGCUUAUCCUUUUGUUAUACGUUUCGCGGCGAUUACACGAGUAAAAAUGAAACAGUCAAUUGUAAGAGGUAAUUGCAAGUUUGGUAAAAUAUGGAAAAUUACGUGAUUAAUUCGGAACAACCCAAUCAAGAAGAAAACAAUCAAACUGCCGCUGUCAAUUCAACGCUUUUUUCAUCCAACAAUGGUACUGACGAGUACGACAAACCUAACUUCAUCGAAUAUCUCAACAUCAGCAACGAGUUACCACUCAAAUACGCCAUACCCAUGUACGGAUACGCUAUGCCUUUGCUGCUGCUAGUUACCAUCGUCGCGAAUACCUUGAUUGUUGUGGUGUUGUCGAAAAAACACAUGCGGACUCCCACCAACGCUGUACUGAUGGCGAUGGCUUUAUCAGAUAUGUUCACGUUGCUGUUUCCAGCUCCUUGGCUUUUUUAUAUGUAUACCUUUGGAAACCACUACAAACCUUUGUCUCCUGUUGGUGCUUGUUAUGCUUGGAACGUUAUGAACGAAGUGAUACCCAUGUUAUUUCAUACGGCCUCGAUAUGGCUCACUUUAGCCUUAGCUGUUCAAAGGUAUAUUUACGUGUGUCACGCUCCAGUCGCGAGAACGUGGUGUACGAUGCCAAGAGUGCUGAAAUGCAUCUGUUGGAUAUCUUUUUUAGCAUUUUUACACCAGUUUACGAGGUUUUUCGAAAGACAGUACGAACCUGUGACCAUCACAUGGAGAGGACAACAAAACGUCACUGUGUGUAGGGUUCAAUUUGCAGACUGGUUACAAGACAAAGUGACGCUAAACGUUUAUUUCAUAGUGUACUACUCAUUUCGGGUGAUUUUCGUCCACGUGGGACCUUGCAUAUCAUUGGUAAUCCUGAAUUUACUACUGUUCAAAGCGAUGAGAGAAGCUCAACUCAAAAGAGAUAAACUUUUCAAAGAGAACAGAAAAAGCGAGUGUAAAAAAUUAAGGGAUUCCAAUUGCACAACGUUAAUGCUCAUCGUAGUCGUAACUGUGUUUCUACUGACUGAAAUCCCGUUGGCGGUUGUUACCGUUUUACACAUAAUUUCCAGCGGUAUAACAGAGAUAUUAGACUACAAUAUUGUAAAUACGUUGAUAUUAUUUACCAAUUUCUUCAUCAUCGUGAGUUACCCUAUCAAUUUUGCCAUAUACUGUGGUAUGUCCAGACAAUUUCGUGAAACUUUCAAAGAGCUGUUUAUUCGAGGAACUGUCCAAGUGACCCGACGAAAUGGCGGUAGUUCAAAAUAUUCGUUAGUAAACGGACCUCGCACAUGCACCAAUGAAACCGUGCUAUAAUUGUGAUUACAUGUUUUAAAUGAGAAUUUUUUCGACAUUAAAAAGCGACAUUUUGAUCAAACAAUCUCGAUUCGUUUCGAAAUUUCUACAAAGGAAUCCUCAACUCCGCUAUUUUGCUCAAAUGAAAAUCGGAUUUACUAUUAAUUACUCGCCGAAAGUUUCUAUUAAGUAUGAAAAUACUAUACUUAUAGUGUCUACGUUGAAAUCAAACGAAAAAAAAUACAUAAACUUUUCUUGUAACAGUCCUAAUAAAAUUUAUAUGUUCAUUUAUAAAUCAACUUUUUAGCGCUCUCUGCGUUUAUGCGAAAAACUCCGAAUAAAUAUAAUUAUUAGGUAUUUAUUAAGGAAUUUACCAAUGUGAUAUGAAUCUAGUAACAAAGCAAAAGCUUUGUUUUAUUAUAUCGUAAUUUAUGUACCUACCUACUCGUAUAUCACGAAAUAAAUUUAAUUUUUACAUAUUGUACAAUAAUCAUUUUUCUUAAUUGUCAACUUAAAUUUAGAUAAAAUAAAAUUUUAUACAAAUGAAAAAAUUAACUCGCGCGAAUAGAGGAAAAAUAAGAGACAAAUUUGAAACCAAAGUAUGAGCCCACUUGUAGUUUUAAAUUUGUCUUUUACCAAAUUACUUAUAACGAGUUUAACAACAUUGAAGUGUCGCUGCUAUAAAAGUAGGCAAUAUACAAUUUCGCUUUGAACAUAACAAAUACCUUUUACCAAUAGAGAGCAUCGAUAUUGAAAACAAUGCAAAUUUAUCGAAGGAAAGAAUAAGAAUCUGUAUUUCUUUGUUCGGAUGUUCGGAUGCAUCUGGUUCAACAUAAUAUACCUUACUUACUUCGUUUGCAUAAGGCUGUGGCAUGUUACCGUGGUAUUUGAAUAGGCGUACGCUGAUUUGUUUUUUCUUGUGCCUAUUUUUUUGUUCGGUUAAAUUAAUUAAAUUCGUGUAUACGACUCAAUCAACUGAAGUUUUUAAUGUGUUACUUAAUUCAACAUGAUUAUCAUCGUUGAAAAAAAUCGCGAACGAGUUAAUUUUUUUUUUAAAUUAGAUUUUGUAAAUACGACGCCUUACUUGAUUUUAUAUUAUGUAAUUUAAAUAAAUGUCUUCAUUUGUACAGAUUUUUUUAUAAUUAAGGUAUUUUUUGUUCUCAAUGUUUUCGUUUUUCAUUUUCUUGAAUAAAAUGUAUUUCAAAUGUU